GGACCUCUGUCGACGGCAGGCGUUCAUGAUUCAACUAUAAAUACGUUCUGGCCGACCUAGGUGUAAUUAGGUGUCCUCCUAGGUAUCCAAAUCAUCUAUCCUGUGCCAUCUGACAACCCAAGAACCGCCCAAAAUGUCGUCCAAGUCGCUUGCUCUCAUCCUUCUUCCACUUAUUUCACUCGCUCAGGGUGCUGCCGUUCUCAGCGCCAGACAGGGCGUCACGAUACCUGCAGAAUGUGAUGUGAUACCAACAUGGGAGAUCACGUCGUUGAACUGGUUCAAUUCCAGCAACAACUUAGACUGUGUGACCCAAUCGAACGCCCCUCCGGAAGGCGUCUGCUUCAACUCGACUUCCACCCCAGGGGUCUUGAUCCCUUGCGACGGAAACCUAGGACCCUGCGACCGGUGUGGAGUCGGUGCUUGCUUUACAGGCCUCCCGUUGCAACCAGCAGGCUUCGGACCCCCGGACACGAUUGCUAUCAGCACAAACAUCCCGGGGUACGCUAAUUGCUACGAGUCCAACCCGCAGAGCAUCCGGCGCUACGAGGUCGGCAAUGGCAUCCUGUUCUGUGGCGGUGUCGCUUACCGCAUCAACUUCGUCGGGAACAGCAACACCGACGUCAGCACUGGUCGCGUCGACUUGAGCCCAAUGCAGUCAUGGGACUGUAAGAAUGGAAGCACCAUCACGGCGAGUGGGGGCGUGGACUUUGAGAUUGAGUGUUCUCGUGACGCGGGUAACAAUGCCACUUGCGUGAUCCCGAAUAAUGAGAAGAUCGUGGUACCGGUUCUGUCAUACACCAUCGCUUAGACGGUUCUGACGAGGACACGCACUGGAUAUCCUGUUCCUCAUGGUGAUCAUUCAGCCUCGUUGGUAUUUGACAAUAUGCUCAUUUUAGUAUGGCAUGGACGACGCGCCUGAUCCAUGAUCUAUUCUGUCGAAGCGUGCGCUCGAGCGAGAGACCUCAAAAAUAUAUAGAACCCGAGAACUUCUUGCCCUCGUGUCAUUCAUCGCGUGCACCACCCGUCCGUUCAUCUCAUUUUCCCAGAAUUUAGAGCUAACUCCUGUCAAACCUUUGACGGUGAAAUCUAGUAGGCGUCAAUCUUGCAAUCCUUUUCGUGGUGUUUUGGCGGAGCAGCUGCUGGCAAAGGUUUCUACAAAAGUCAACGACACUUGUGCCGUCCUCAGGACUUGAUGUAACACACCCGUGCGACCGUGAGCAGAUAUUCUGUCCGGGAUUCUACCUACAUAGUCAAAUCAACAAGCAUACACAGCAGGUCUCUGUUGACAAGAGGUUGAAAAAUGGGACUACUUAGGCACGUGUAAGACAACUAUGCCGCCACGACUCACCCUCUGAGUAAUUCCAGUGGCUGAGAGUGAAAAUACCGGUUGCUUACAUUCUGUACAAAUUUCUCGUCCCUGGUCUGCUGACCAAUUACGCCCAAGACUGGCAUUCAUCAUACUCAACGUAGUCAAGAGCACAUGACGACGCUAAAAACACUGGUCAGUAGUAUCUUCAUGACCUAAAAUGAGAUUUCAUGAAUCAUC